GCGAGGAGAGCGGGGUGGCUCAGUCAGUCAGUCGGGAGUUCUUUAAAGAUGGCCGGAGCGGCGGCGGCGACCGCGGCCACCAGCGCGACCCCCGUAUACUGCGUCUGCCGGGAGCCCUACGAUGUGAACCGCUUCAUGAUCGAGUGCGACAUCUGCAAGGACUGGUUCCACGGCAGCUGUGUCAGAGUAGAGGAACAUCAUGCUGUUGACAUUGACCUGUACCAUUGUCCCAAUUGUUCAGUUCUUCACGGAUCCUCCUUAAUGAAAAAGAGAAGGAAUUGGCACAGGCAUGACUAUACUGAAUUUGAUGAUGGCUCCAAACCAGUUCAAGCUGGAACACGAAUGUUUGUAAAACAGCUACGAUCUCGUUCAUUCCCAAGUGCUGAUGACAUCAUUUUGAAAAUGCAUGGCAGCCAGCUAACACAAAGAUACCUGGAGAAGCAUGGUUUUGAUGUUCCCAUUAUGGUUCCCAAAUUAGAUGGCUUAGGUCUGAGACUCCCUCCCCCUACUUUCUCUGUUCUGGAUGUGGAACGAUACGUAGGUGGUGAUAAAGUGAUAGAUGUUAUUGAUGUGGCAAGACAGGCGGACAGUAAAAUGAAGCUCCAUAAUUAUAUUAAAUAUUUCAUGAACCCUGAUAGACCAAAAGUAUUAAAUGUGAUCAGCCUCGAAUUUUCGGACACAAAGAUGUCUGAAUUAGUGGAAGUUCCUGAUAUUGCCAGAAAACUCUCAUGGGUGGAAAAUUACUGGCCAGAUGACUCUGUUUUCCCUAAGCCUUUUGUUCAGAAAUACUGCCUGAUGGGAGUCCAGGAUAGCUACACAGACUUUCAUAUUGAUUUUGGGGGCACUUCUGUCUGGUAUCAUGUUCUCUGGGGUGAGAAAAUCUUCUACUUAAUCAAACCUACCAAUGAAAAUUUGGCAGUCUAUGAAUCGUGGAGUUCAUCUGUCACUCAGAGCGAAGUUUAUUUUGGAGAUAAGGUUGACAAGUGUUACAAAUGUGUUGUGAAACAAGGACAUACUUUGUUUGUUCCAACAGGCUGGAUUCAUGCUGUGCUCACAUCUCAGGACUGUAUGGCUUUUGGAGGAAACUUUUUGCACAACCUCAAUAUUGGCAUGCAGCUCAGGUGUUAUGAAAUGGAGAAAAGGCUAAAAACCCCAGAUCUUUUCAAAUUCCCUUUCUUUGAAGCCAUCUGUUGGUUUGUGGCCAAAAACUUACUGGAAACUUUGAAAGAGUUGAGAGAAGAUGGUUUUCAGCCCCAAACCUUCUUGGUGCAAGGAGUAAAAGCUUUAGUUACUGCUUUAAAGUUAUGGAUGAAAAAAGAUCUGGUAACAGAACAUGCCUUUGAAAUUCCAGACAACAUUAGGCCAGGGCAGCUCAUUAAAGAACUCUCUAAAGUGAUUCGUUCUGUAGAGGAAGAGAACAGCAAACCAGUGAAAACUCAGGGAAUCCUUGGUGUAUGCCAAGUUUCACGGUCCUUGAACGAAUCGGCCUCCACUCAUCAUUCCAGACGAAAAGCAAGGAAGCUACGAGACCAUGCUGUCAAAACGCCUUCUAAUUUGGACAUUCUGGAACUCCACACAAGGGAAGUACUCAAAAGACUAGAGAUGUCCCCGUGGGAAGAGAACACAGCAAAUUAUAAAUUGAAUGGAAAGUUUAACAAGCCUCUUCAGCCAUCUUCAACUGUUCCUGAAUGGCGAACGAAGGACAAUGAUUUACGGCUUUUGCUGUCAAACGGAAGAAUAAUUAGACAUGAGAGGAAGCCCUUUAGAGAUCCAAGUCUUUACACUGUGGACAGUGAAGAUGAUGAUGACCAGACAAAGUCAAAGGAGGAAGGAGCUGUGAAGUCAGAAGAACAAAACUCCCAGGAAGCCUAUGGCAAUGCAGAUGCUCAGAAACCACUGAACAUGUUCUUUGAAAGUGUGAAAUCAGAACUCAGGAAUGGAACCUCAGAAUACUCUGAUAUUUCUGAUUCAGAAGAAUCUGAGCCUGAUUGCACUAACCAGCAAAAGGAUUCCUCUUUGGAGGAGUCAGAAACCUCAGGAGAUGAGAAACAGGAAGUAACUUCAAAUUUUAAAGAGGAAUCUGAAGUAUCAAGUGACCUCUAUCAGUCUUCACAGAAGCCAUCAAGACAUGAAACUAUAAGUAAAAGGGAAUGUCCUACCUCGACAAGUACGGAGGAAGAAGCUAUUCAGGGCAUGCUUUCUAUGGCAGGAUUGCACUAUACCACUUGUUUACCAGACCCCACACAGAGCACAGACUGCACUAAUAGAAGAAGCUCUCUUCAGGAACACAGAAGCUAUCCCAAAAGUCGGCAUAAAGACAGGCCGUCUUCCCAGAGUCAUAAAACAGAAAGUGGGAAGCACAUUAAAGAAGAAAAAGAUGUGGAGACUUUAACAUUAGCUACACCACUGUAUGCAGUUUCUAGCAUAAACCCUCAGGACAUAAACAAAACUCAGAAAUACAUGAAGAAAGAAGGUGCAUCUGAAGCCAGUUACAAGAUUCAAGAAAACAGGAGUCACAUACAGAGUAAUGGUUUGAACUUGCAACAUGGUAAAUUUAUUCGGGACUCCAGCUUAACUCACGGGGAGUGCAGGCUAAGCGAUGGCAGCCUCAGCCCUGACAGGCCAUAUGGCGAAACAUCACUGUCUGUCCCUCUUCAUCCAACCAAGCGACCAGCAUCGAAUCUACCCCCUAUCAGCAACCAGGCAACAAAAGGCAAGCGUCCAAAGAAAGGAAUGGCAACUGCCAAGCAACGCCUCGGGAAGAUUCUAAAGCUGAACCGAAAUGGCCACGCACGCUUCUUUGUUUGAUGCAGGAAUGGCUACCGCUGCUGCUGUUCCUCUCCCUUCCUUUCUUUUUUUUUAAAAAAAUACACAGACCAGUAUUGAGGGAAACAGUGCCUGGAGCUUCUGUUUAUUCCUCGGCUUGAAGCAGAAUGCAUGUAUCCUAUUAGAACACUGCCUGAUGAACAAAAACGCAAUGCUGCAUUUUCACUGUGCCACACCUGCUCAGCAAUAACCAUUUGGACAAACAGGGGAAUAUUUGAAGAGACAACGGAUUGGGAGACAGUCUUUCUUUCUUCAGGGCUCAAUCAAUACGUUAUUUUUGGUAGUGUCUUGAGUUAAUUCAUGAACCGAAGAGUGGGCUGAAGGUGCUUAUCAAUAAGUUAUUUGACAGAUUUUGACAACUAUUGAAUUCAUUUUUAAACUAUUUAUUUGGAAAACAUUUUUUGUGGAAACGACGAUUUUAAUUUUACAUGUUGAGAAAUGUGAAGGGUUUUUUUAAAAAAAAUAAUUUGUCCUUAAUUAAUGUAUGUUUGUUACGGUGGGGAGCCACAUGAAUGAUUUACUAGGGAUUCAAGCAUUUGAUAUAGAUUUAUAGUCCUAAAACUUGGAUGUGGUGCAUUAUUAAUUUAAAUUAAGGCACAUGAAAUCAUACUUUAAUUUCUGUCCUUUAUAUAAGCGCUUGGCUGGUUUUUUUGUGGACUUAUAUAAAGUAUUAUUCUCUGCCAGUUUAGUCAGCUUCUCUCUCAUCCCUACCCCUUACCCCUUGCUUUGCCAUUUAUUACAAACUGUAAAUGGGCAUAGCACUGGCAGAGAGAAGCUUGAAUCUGUAAGUUCAGCAAUGCUUUUGAUGUCGUUCACAUUCUCUUCCCCCUUCCCCCCCCAUUUGUUUUCAUACCAUGGAGAACAAUCCAUGCAAAGCAUGGGUACCAAUACACCACGAAUAGCACUACAAUUAGUACAUGUAGACACUUAAAUGCAUUUUGUUGAGGAAGACUGUUGUGGUGGCAGAGUACUGCUUGAUUGCAUAUGCCAGCCAAAAAGGUCUUAAAUGGUUCUUGUGUAUACAUAGAUAUAGAUAUAUAUAUAUAUGUAAAUGUGUUUGAUAACUCGCUAAUCUCAGAAUGACUAUUUUAUGUCAUGCUUUGCAAAGAUCUGGUUGGAAAUAUGCCAAUUCUGAAAUAUGUGUAAAUACUUAGAAGAUAAAAUUGUAUUUUUGUAAUAUAAAAUUGAAUAUUUAAGCUCUUCUCUGGAGGAAAAGGAGAGGCACCUAUACUACUUUUUUGUUUUUGGUAAGAGGGCUACUCAAUACUAAAGUGGGAAUACUAGAGCUACUUCUCUGGAAAUUUUUCUUCUUCUGUUGAUCAAGAGUUAAAGCAUGGCCAAAGCUCCUCAGCUGCUUGACUUCUUAACUUCAAUAAAAACUUCCAGCCUCCAUGUUAAAUCUUAAAAUAUAUAAAAUCUAAAAGUCUCAAAAUAGAUGUAAACAAAUGUAUUGUCUGUAUUCAGUAUUUACAGCAUCUACCUUUGAAUGUCUCUAUUAGACUCCACAUAAUGCCCUUCAUUCUUUAACUAACAUUAGUUAGGCUCCCCUGGCAGUUACACAAUUUCUUUGUGGAAGCAUUUAAAGGCAGCUGUUCUUAAUCCACUUAUUAAAUAACAUUUAUGUCAUUCACUUCAGUCAGCUUAGUGGUAACAGUUGGGUGCAGGAUGGCACCCAAACAGUUUAAAGUCAUAAUUAUAUGUACUUGGAAAUAAGACCCCCUGAAAUUCACGGUUACAAUUUUGAGUGCAAAUAAUAAGACUUUUUCCUGUAUGUUAGUUUUGAAUAAGAAUUUUCAUCACAGUGCAGCUCAAAAUGAUCUAGGUUGUAAAUCAUACUGGAGAAUUUGUAUGUUGCCGGCAUAAUUAUAAAUUGAGCAGAUUACUAAAAGAAAGCUCUGUGCUUUGGAGAACUAUAAUAACUAGUUUUAAUUUCAAGUAACAUAUUCAUAAGUAUUGAUCUGAGAAAAUGAUCCUCACAGCAAUAUAUGUUCCUUUAGCUAAGCUCUAGUACGUUUUCAAUGGAAAUAUUUCUCAGCAUGUUCUUAGUACCUCUUCAAGUAAGAUUAAUGAUAUCUUGCUGCAGACUAGAAAAACAGGGCUAAGGUGCUUGGUUUUUAAAGCCUUGGUUUGAUUCUAAUAUAGCUAUCUUUAGUAGACCAUUCCUCUUUCCCUAUUUUUUUUCUUAAGAUAUUCCAAACAAAUUUAGAGAGGGGUAAGAAUUGUUUAAAUUUAGAUUGAAGGCAAAGUACAGUGACUGAGAAGCAUGUGAGAAUAAUUAAAUUGAAACUCUGUCGCUGGACUUACAGUAGCUAACUCACAAACCAGUCUAGUUUCUCUUAAGCUUAUCUUUAUUAUAAAACGUUUAGCUUUACCAUUAAUGGAGGGCAAGGUAGGCAGAAGGAGAAAGGGGCAGGUUUUGGCCAGAACCAUAUGUUUAAUAUUUUCCCCAUGAACAUGAGAAUAAUACUAUCAUCUCUUUAUAACCUACCAAAAAUAGGACAACAUGUACAGUUUUUGGAUUCCACAUCUUCAAGUGGGAAUUGAGGAAAAUAUAAUUCUGUAACUACAGUAAGGCUUUUAAUAAAAUAAGUCAUUUGAUCAGCAGGGCAAGGACACUAAAUCUGUAUAAGUGCAAAUAAAUUGCCCUGAAAAGGGGCAUCCAACUCUUUUUGAUAUCUUCAUGAAGAGAUAGGAAUAGCCAGUAAAUUGUAUGUGUCAAGUUGCUGCAUUAAUAACAUGCUUGGUAAAGAUCCUUCUUGAACUAGGCUUUCAGCAUGCAGAUUGUUUCUCCUGGAUUUGGUGCCUGUCAUUUCACUUCCUUGAGGGAGAAAGAGAGGAAAGCAGUGUUUACGUUUAUUUGACAGAAGGUUACUGAACAUCUUCCUCAAAGACCAACCUUUAAAAACAUCAUGACCAAGAAUAUCAGAUGGAAUUAUUAGGGAUGAAAUUAAGAUGGAAUUAUUAGGGACCUGUUCUUUCCUGGGAGAGAGGCCUUGUUUUGGACCAUAAGAUUUGAAGAUAGGUUAUCAUUCUAGUCAUUCUAUUAGCGUCAUCUCCAGUGACCUCAUAAUCCUUUUACUACACUUAUUAAUGAGCUUAGGCUACGAGGUAGUCGUGAAUGACCUCUGUGGCAGAUUUACCUAUGCAAUCAAUAACUGAUAAUCUCAUCAUUCUCAAAUUGUUUCCAGAAGAGUAGAGUCAAUUGAGCUUCCUUUCUGUCAUCAAUCUGUUGCAGCCAAUGGGCUUGUGUCAGUGUCCAGGGUAGGAGCAGUGUCAUGAGUCGUUAUCAAAGAAACUUUACUUCACAGAAGCUUUUAACCCGCCACAGCCUGCCUUUGUUUGUCAGGAUGUGUAGUCACUUAACACUGAAAUCUUUGUAGGACUAAAACCAACCCAGGGCUUGACUCCAAAGCUUGCUAACUCUUUCACGGGAAAUUUGGGAGGAAACUGAGGAAACCUGAUGCUAUAAAAUAUGUGACUGGAUUCCUUUGGAUUGUGCCUCUCCUCCUCUUCCACAAUUUCUGUGCCACCAAAAAUCUCAAGAUGUCUUUUUGUGAAAAUGAUAUUAAUAAACCUUGCAUCAUACUUCCAGACCAUUAAAAACUGUUCCUGGCCCUGGGGGCCAAAGUUUGGCAUGGGCAAUUUUAUUUUGCUGGAGAAAUAUAAACUGAUCUAAAGGGCCUUACUGUUUUGUAGUUAAACUGGAUUGAAAAGCUGCGACAUCAGUUCAUUUUUUUUUUACCCCAAGAAGGCAAAGAAUCAAAAUGAAUAAACUGUGCAGCAGCAUCAGGUGGGAGGAAGGUGAGCACUGAUGAGGGAAUGCGGCUGUCGCUGAAGCCGCAUUCCCGCCUGGAAAAAGGACUUUUCUACUUGGAAUAUAAAUUUAAGCCAUAAUAGUUUCUUGCUGUGGGAAGGGGAAUGAAAGAAAUCACUUUAAGAGAUUAUAUUAAUAUGAAUGAUCACUUCUGCUGGGAAAUAUUUAACGUUGCUGAUACGAUGGCAUUUUUAAAAAUAUUCAUUACAUUUGAAGAAAAGGGGGGGGGGAAUAGGUCUUGGCUAUAUUUACUAGUUUUGUAGUAGUGUUUUGCUGAUGUGUCUUUUUCCCCCCACACCUUUUUCUACUGUCAUAGUCUAAUUUCUAACUUUUUGAAUGUUUGUGAAAUAGCUGUCUUUCUGAAUAGGGGUUUGUGUGUCCUCUGUUCUUUUUUUACAGAAACACACUACUGUGUGGAGUGUUUUGGCUGGGAAAUGGGAUGCUGCAGCUUUAAGAGCUCCCCCCCCCCUUUAUAACAGUGUUUCCCAUCCCUUUUUUUUGCCUGCAGGCAGGGAAAGAGAAUGUACAGUAUUUAUUUUGUUUUAAUUUUACUUUGAAAUUUGUAAGUUUCUAUAAGUAGCUCACUGUUUGGAAGGACAAGUGGCUUGUUUAAAUUUGUAUUUGACAUAGUUUCCACUUUCUGUACCUUAAAAUACUGAAAUUAAAAUCUGUAUUACUUAUGUUUUUGA